GCCAUCAUCUUCCAUGCAGACAGACACACGACACACGCGUACCUGCAUACUUUAAUGCUAAUCGUUGACGCUUUCCAGAACACGCCAGGCAGGCCGGGCCGACGUUGUCCUAUGACGAGGGGGGUAUAUAGGGAAUGAAAUGCCAAGAGGACCCCGGGGAAUGCAGCAUUGAAUUCUGGACCGGAGUGAGAGAAAAACGCUUUCAAUGCUUCCAGUACCCGAUCGAAUUCCAACGUUGUUGGGUAUUCUUAUUCUAAUUCACAGCCCGCUCAGAACCGGGAGACAAGGAGAAUGCCGAGCGCAGCCUCGCUGUAACAAUGAAGCCGCCAAAUUUCCGACGUUGGCAAACAAAAAAAAAAAAUUGAAUCCAUUCCCUUUGUGUGACAGAUGGUGCGGUUUCUCGACAUUCAUUUCUCUCGGGGGCUUGAGUGAUGUAUGCAUCGUUCACCGAGGGAUUCAGGCCAACAGGUAGGUCCUCAUGACCCUUAUUGACUAAUGAUUGUAUGCUCG